AUGUUAGCAUCAACACCAGCAGGUGAACACGGUGUUGUAUUCCAACCUAACAACAACAAUAUCAAUUUUAAUAAUCAAUAUUCCGUGGCAUCACCAUCCAUGAUGAAUGGUUCAGAAUCUUCAUAUCAACAAGAACAAUACUAUACUAGUAAUAUCAACAAUAAUAAUGGAUAUCCACAAAAUAAUAUUCCAUCACAAGUUACAUCAUCAAUGAAAGUUGAAAGUAGUCAAGUUGAUACUAGUAAGAAGGAUCAAAAAUCGGAAAAGAAGAAAAAGAAGAAAAAGUCUACUGAUAAAAAAGCAAGAUCUGCAGAACCACGUCUACCAUACAAAGUCUUACAUCAAAAGUUAGUUUUAGAUGUAGAUUUGUAUCAAAAGGCUUUGAUAGGUUAUACUGAUAUUAUUAUUACACCUUUCCACAAUAAUAUUGAUCAAAUAUCAUUACAUUGUCUUCAAUCAAAUGUAACUGGUGUUCAUGCACUUUUUAUAAACAAACUUAAAUCACAACCUAUUGUACAACAAAAUGAGGAUCAAAUUCAACAAGUAACUCAUAAUAAUAUUCAAAAUCAAGUUAAUCAUCAUGAUUUGGAAGUAUCUAUUAAAGAAUUCAUGUUACAAUAUGAUAUUGAAAAUGAAGGAACAUUAACUAUUAAAUUUAAAACACCAUUACUAAAGAAAACAACAUCAUCUAUUAGAAUUUUCUUUGAUUUGAAAAAUCCUCUAAGUGGAGUCUAUUUUGUAGAUACAACAAGUAAAAAUGAUCAGUCAAUGAUAGAUGAUAAUGAAUUGAAUUCUAAUACUUCAACUACACAAACAAAUAAUAAUGAUAUGAUUGAUGAAAAUUUAUCAUCACUUAAUAGUACAAUGCCACAUAUGUAUACACAAAGUCAAAUGCAAGGAGCAAGAUGUUGGUUUCCUUGUGUUGAUUUAUUAUCAUCAUUUCAUUCAUUUGAAUUUGAAAUUACAAGUCAUGCUGAAGCAAUGAUAAUUUGUUCAGGUGAUUUGAUAAAACAAGUUGAAAAUUAUUCAGGUACUUUAAAAACAUCCUAUUUUAAAACAAAAUCCAUCAUUUCACCUUCAAGUGUUUGUAUUGCAGUUGGACCAUUUAAUAUUUCAUAUUCAAGUUUAACUCUAAAUUCCUAUGAUUUAAUAUUAAAUGCUUUUUAUUUACCAAGUUAUUCAUUGGAAUCUAUUAGACAUACUUUAGGAUUUGUGAAAAGAGCUUUAAUAUUUUUAGAAGAUUAUUUAGAAUUUAAAUAUAAGGAUUUAUUUAAUUUAAAUACACUUAAUAUUGUAUUUAUUGAAAAUGGUUAUACAAAACAAUCAACAUUUAGUGGAAUUUGUUUAUUAGAUUCAAAUCAAAUGAUAUUAGAACCAAAUAUUAUUGAUACAGUACAAGAUAAUAGAAUGAGUCUUGUUCGUUUAAUAACUGAACAAUUUUUUGGUAAUUUUAUUCAUUCCAAAACAUGGUCAGAUUAUUGGUUAAUUGAAGGUAUUGCAGGAUAUUUAGCCUAUCAAUAUUAUGAAAGUGAAUUUGGUCAAAAUGCUAAAAGAUUUAAAAUAAUGAAAGCAGGAAAGGAAUUACUUUCAAUUGAAAAUCAUACACAAUCAUUAUAUAUUGAAAAUUAUUGUCAUCCAAGUGAACUUUUAACAGAAUAUUUACUUAAGAAAUCACCACUUGUUAUUUAUAUGAUUGAUAGACAAAUUUCAACUUCUAAUAUGAGAAAUUUAUUGAACAAAUUUUUAAAAAAUGCUCAUACACUUGAUAGUAAGAGAUAUAAUGAUCGUUUAAUUUCAUCAUCAAGUUUUAUCAAGACAAUUGGUAAAACUUUUGCAACAGAUUUAAAAGAAUUUUCAUCUUAUUGGAUUUAUGGUACUGGUAUUCCACAAUUUGCAAUUUCAUUUAAAUAUGAUGAUAUGAGAAGUUGUGUUGAUUUAAAAGUUAAACAAAUUUUACCAUUUCCUGAAAUUCAACCUUUUAGAGGAAAAGUAACUGUUAGAAUUUUAGAAUCUGAAGGAGCACCAAAUGAUUUUAUUGCAAAUUUAGAUAAGGAAGAAAAUCAAUUUGAAUUUCAUAUUAAUUCUAAACCUAUUAAAAAGCAUCACAAAAAAGUUCAAGGUGGACAAGGACAACCAACAGAAGCUGUUCGUGUUAUCAUUCCAUUAAAAUGGAUUAGAUUUGAUCCAGAACAAGAUUGGAUUAAAGUACAAUCAUUUUCACAAACACAAGAAAUGUGGAAUUAUCAAUUGAAUGAUGUUAAAGAUGUUGUUGCACAAUAUGAAUCAAUCAAAGCUUUAACAUUCUUUGCAGAUACUGAACCUGUUAUUACAAUUUUAAAUAGAAUUUUAAGAGAUAAUUCUUAUUAUUAUCAAAUACGUGUUUGUGCUGCACAUGCUCUUUCUAAAAUUCCACAACCAAUUGAAAAGAAAGAAGCUUUAAAUGUUUUAAUUGGAUUUUUUAAAACACAAUUCUAUGAUGAACAAUUAACUUAUUUAAAACCAAAUAAUUUUAAGAAUUUUGCUGAUUAUUUCCUUAAAAAGGAAAUUCCAUUAGCUUUAACAAAUUUUAAAGAUGAUAAGGUUAAUAAUGAAACAUUUCCAGAAGUUGUUUUACUUUUAUUAGAAUUAAUCAAAUAUAAUGAUGAUUCUGAGAAUUUAUUCUCUGGAAAUUUCUAUAUUGCUAAUUUAAUCAAAUCAAUUUCACUUUUAAAUACUUCAAAUCCUAAUUUUAAUCAAAAAAUUGAAAAAAUACUUUACAAAUAUUUAGUAAUUGAUUCUGAUUUAAUUCCAAGUUAUCAUUAUAUCAAAACUGUUACUUCUUUAGAAUCAAUUGCAAAUUUACAAUCAUCUGGUAAAUCUAAAAUUAAUUUGGAUGUUUUUUAUAGAUAUUUGGAUUUUAAAAAAUCAGAUCAUGUCAGAUUUUCAUCAUGGCGUUGUGUUAUGAAUAUUUUAGAUUCAAUUUUAGAUUCUUCUUCUUUAAAUAAUAAUAAUAUGAAUGGUAAUAAUUUAAAUAACAAUAAUUUAAAUGGUAAUAAUUUAAAUGAAAAGAAUAUAAUAACAUCAAGUGGAGAAUUAAUAUCAGAAUGUUAUUCAAAUGUAGAAUUAUUAACACAUGUUAAAAUAAUAUUUAAUAGAUUUAUUUCAUUAUUAAAUGAUGAAAAUGAAACAAGUCAUGCUAAAUAUGAAAUUACUAAAAUUAUAACACAAUCAAUAUUUAAUUGUUCAGCACGUAUGCUAUUAGAAUUUAAUAAUAAGAAAGUUUCAUUAGCAUUUAUUAAAAAAGUAUCAGCAUUGGGAUUAUUUUUAAUUGAUAUAAGAUUAUCAAAAAUAACAAAUAGAAAAUUAGUUGAUUUAAUUUGGAAUUAUUUACAUGAUUCUAAAUAUACACAAUUUGAUUUUAAAUUAAGAUCAAUAAUUAUGAAUUUAUACAAAUCUAUUUGGUCUUCAAAUAUUCCAUUGUGUUAUGAUUCUAAAUUUGUUAAUAGUAAUAAUUUUGAUCAUGCUAUUUUAGUUGCACCUUCUUUAUAUGGUAUUACUGAUUUGAAAAUUGUUCAACCUCAACAAUUGAAAAGUCAUCAAUAUUUAGCAAGUGAACAACCACGUGUUGUAUUUGAUUCAAGUCAAUUAUCAAAUUUUAUUUCUUCACCUGCACUUGCACCAACUAUAUUUACAACAAGUCAAAUUGAUAAGAAGAAACGAUCUUCAAAAUCAUCUUCUGCUGCUCUUUCAUCACUUGUUUCAAGUGCUACAGCUAAUAAUUCAUCAUCAACUGGUAGUGGUAGUGGUAGUAGUAAUGGUAAUGGACUUAGUGUUGUUACUUCACUCUCUACACCAACAACCAUUACAAUUUCUACUGCAGGUCAAUCUACUGUUAUUAAUUCAAUACUAGUAAAGAAGGAUUCAAAGAAGAAGGAGUCAUCUUCCUCUUCCAAAUCUAAAUCGUCCUCUAAGAAAGAGUCCUCCUCUUCUGAUAAAAAGGAUAAAGAUUCCUCAGAGUCUAAGAAGAAGGAUAAAGAUUCUGAAAAGAAGAAAUCCAAGAAGGAUUCCGAUAAGAAGGAUAAGGAUUCUGAAAAGAAGAGAAAGAGAGACUCUGAAAAAUCUUCACCUUCUUCCUCAUCUAAAAAGAAGAAGGAAGUUGUUGAACCUGUUACACCAACCACUGUAAAAAUCAAGUUAAAUACACCAAUUACAACACCGUUAGCUAGCAGUUCAACUUCAAUGACAACACCUGAACAACCUAAAAAGAAAAAACCUUCUUCAAAAUCCAAAUCAGAAAAGUUAACUACACCUGCUUUAACAAGUGAAAAAUCGACCAGUUCAAGUGCUUCUGCAUCCUCAUCAUCUGCUAUUGGUAGUAGUAGUAGUAGUAGUGGUAGUAGUAGAGGUGGUACAAGUCUAUCAAUUAAGAAGGAAAUUAAUAUUGAUGAUCAACUUGUAACACCUGCAGCAGCAGCAACAACAAUAGCACAAACACAAGAAAUUGGUAAGAAUGAAAAGGAAUCUAUUGAAAAGAAAUUGAAAAAUCGUGAAGCUAAAAAGAAUCAAUGUAAAGCAACUCGAUUAAUUUUAAUUACAUUUGAUACAAGUGAAAUUAAAGUUUAUGUUGAAUUGGAUGAUGAUUCACCAACAGCAGAUGUAAUUUAUCGUAGUGUACCAUUAGCAUCACCUCUAGUACAAUCACCUGGUAAAGGAAUUGUUUAUUUUACAUGUGAAAUUGAACAUAUUGAAUUAGAAGAAACAGCAAGAUCUGAAGUUAAACAAGGUGAAAUUGCAUUCUGGGUUAGUGGUACAGCAUUUGUUUUGGGAUUUGGUAAAACAGUAUUUUCACUUGCUAAUGAAACACGUCUCUAUCAACCAUGUAAUAUAUUUGGUGAAAUGAUGUAUCCAGUUAAAUCAUUACAAAAAACAGCAUUACAACAAAAAGUAACUGUUAGUCGUUUCCCUAGAGUUUAUAUUGAUUUACCUGAACUUGAUAAACGUAUCGAUAUUGAUAUGUAUGAUACAUUUAAAGAUAUUACAAAUGGAUAUAUUGCACCUAGAUUACCAUUUACUAGACAAUUUAUGCCUUUAUUUGGUAGAAUAUUAUAUUUUAAUAUUGGACAUAUUGAUACAUCACAUUUAGAAUCAGUUUCACCUGGUUUUCAUAGAGAUUAUUUAUAUCCAGGUGAAAUUGCUUAUUGGGCAGGUGGUGAUUCACUUUUACUUGGUACAGGUCCAACAGAUAUUAAGAAACACAAUCAUAAUUCAAAGGAAAUUAGAUAUAAUUUAUUGGAAAAUUGUUUUAUUAUUGGUAAAAUUGUUUCAGCUGAUUAUAAUUUAUUACCUGAUUUAAUAGAAAAAUAUCCACACACACCACUCUAUUUUAAUAGACGUGAAUUGGUUAUUACCAUUGAUUUUGAACCAAAUUUAAAUGAACAAAUUAAUGGUGAAGGUGCUGUUAAUAGUUUGGAUAUUUUAAUUGGAGUUUCAGGUACAAUGAGUGGAGAUAUUAUAUUUGAUACUUGUUUUAAUGGAUAUGAAACAAGAGGUCAUGAAAUUACUCAACCACAAGGUGAUAAAUGUGGUAUUGUUGGAAUUAAAUUAAAUCCAAAAGAAAAUCCAAUUUUAGAAACACUUCAACAUGAAAUUAAUAAUGCAACUGAAACUGCAAAACCACAAGAAGUUGUUUUAUUUUGGGAUUCACAUACUAUUGGUUUUCCAUUUUCAAAUAAUCCUGAAACUGCUCCUUAUAAUUUACCUGAAAUGGCAAAUCCAUUUGGAAGUUUUAAACAAGUUUUAAAUAUGGAAAUGAGUUAUUAUCAAUUUAUUAACUUUUUACAAAACAGAAAAGUUAAACAAUUUACAAUUACAAAGAGAGAAAUUGAAUAUAAUUAA